AUGCAGGCCAGAAGAUCUGCCAGUCCAAUUUCAGUCCAUUCACCCCGCUCCUCUAAAUCACGUGUAAGCACAAAAUCUCCUUUAAGUGCAAGAGAUUUUAGGGAAAAGAAAACGGCUUUUUCCAAGGGCUUACCUGGCGCUGAUCUUAAAGAAAUAGAGAGAAGUUUAACUAAUGAGCUGCAAACGGUUACGUUACGGCCGGAAUAUAGCAAGCAAGACCGUUUUAUGGUGCACAAACAUGCCUUUGAUCAACUGAUAGAGAGCAAAGCUGUUGUCUACAAGUCUCUUUUGUCAGAGAUAAAAGCAGAAUAUGAACAAUUUAUUGAGACAUUAGAAAGAGGUCAAAGUCAAACUAUCUACCUACAGGGAAUGUUAAAAGCUCUGCUGUCAGAGAAAGCAAACGUACGAAACUUCGCUUUAAGAGGAGAUGAGUUGGAAGAUAAAGUUGAAAAGCUCCAACAACACAACAAAAAGCUUAGGCUAAAGCUUCAUGCCCUUAGAGCAGAGAGGGCAAGGAGGUUGGCUUCAGCAGAGAGUAAAUCGAUGCAUUCAGUAGCGAAAGAGAUGCGUCUUUUAAUUCCUGGACUAUCACUUCAGGACCUAACUGAUUUAACAACUUUAAGGAAGACGCUCAUUAGAUUAGAAGCUCAAGUUAAGGAACUCAAGGAAGCGACCAAAACAAAGUUUGUAGACAAAGGGCAGAAACAGGUCUUAAAGCAACAGCUAGUGAAAAAGGAAAAUGCUCGAGGAGAAGUGUUCACUUAUCAUGAGAAACUACAAGAAAGAUGUGGGACUCUGAAGGUAGCUGUUGAGGUAAGAAAAAUUUGUGUUAACCAUUUAUUUAAACCCUAA